AUCGAGUAGCACCUUCCGACUGCGGCAGCGCCCGUAUCCCUUGGAUCACGUCCUUUGGGGACGCCUCCCAUCGUAGGGAAACAAGGCACCGCAGCGGCAUCGUUCGCGAAAGCCAGACUGUGACGCGAAACCCGGCCGUUAUGUCAAGUGGGAGCGUCAUGCCCAUCCGCCCGUGAUAUGUAGAGCAGCGGCCGUUGGGCAAAGCUCGCGGCCCGUGUGCGCAGCCGUGGGCCGGUGUUUUCCGCGACGCGCUUGGCUGCGCGCAUGACUGCGGCGGUCGGUUCGUGCCUCGAUCGACUGGACGCCACCGCCACUCCGCUGGUCGGGAUCCGGGCCUACACGCAGCGGCCGGCAGUAGAACUGACCGGUGUGGACACGCGCUGCCUUGCCAUCCCGUCUCGCUCGCUGGCCGGUCCGCGGCUACGCGGGCCGACCGGCCAAUCAUGUUGCCCUGCCCUUUUGAAGCGGCACGAGUGGGACCUGCCGCGGCAGGCUUCGCAGUGGCGCCUGCAGAUGCCAUGGCUGCGAUGCCAUGGCCACGAUGAGCGGCUGCGGCGUGCGUGCCCUGGGAGAUCAGCGUGCUGGCGGGCGACGGGUCGUCGUGCCGGGCCACCAGGCAUGCGGUCAUGCAGCUGCCGCGCUGGCUGCUGGCUUGCGCCCUGGUCAGCCUGGCGGCAGGCGUCACGGGCAUCGUGCUGAGGCGCUGGUUCCGCAGCUACGCUAUCGGCGACAUCCUCUGCAUCAGCGGCAUGACACUCUUCACCACCAUCCUGGCCAGCAUCGCGCUCAAGCUGCUGGGCCGCGCGCUCAAGCGCCGCGUGGCCUGCUCGCGCUUCUCCGAGAUCCUGGGCGUGGUGACUCUGCGCUCGGGCACGCAGCUCGUCGAGCCGCAGGACGUGCGCCUGCUGCCGGUCGGCACACUCGUCUGCGUAGUGCCGCCCACGCAGCCCGUCUUCUAUCCGGACAACGCUGGCGACAUGCUCACCAUCUUCGAGGACUACGCACAGUUUCCUCAGCAGCCGCCCAGGAUGUUCGACACGCACCGCCUGUCGCCGGUGUCCACGGCAAACCACGCCCUUGAGCGUCGCGCUGACACGCCACCUGUCGUCGUCAACACUUCUUCGUCCGAGGCAUCCACGCAAGCCGAACCGCCUACCACUUCGGAAGAGGAUGACGACGCGACCUCAUCGUCAGACCGACCACCGUCCUACGCCCACCUGUGCGGUGAACCGCCGCCACCUUACAAGACCGACAGCAUGUCCACCCUGAACGACGACAUCGGCUAGCCACAGAGAACGGCCAUCAGCUGCGGGAUGUCCUUUAUUGGUUCACGUCACGUAGACCGGAGGAGCGCUGGGUCCCGCCCGGAACAAGGAGCUGCCGUAGCUGAAGAGCCGCUGGGCACCGACGCUACGCUGAUUCCUCGCAGUGGCGACCUGCGUGAACGGUGGACGAGACUGAACUGCGCGCGCCGUGCAUGUAUACCUGAACACCUCUCCCUUUUUUUGAGAGACCCGCACCUCACCCAAACUUCCAACUCUCGUGCUAAGCGAGCCUACCUCGCUCUCAUAGGCCAUGUUUUAUCUUUGUUGUUGUUGAUGUUGCUGUUGUGAAGAAAAAUAUCGGAGUUCUCUUCUUCUCGUUUA